GGCUGAGGAAAAUUCCUCUCAGCCAUUCAGCACGCUGAACCUUACACUCUAGUUUAGACAGUAGGACUAGAGACGAACAAAGAAGGCCUGGUUAAGAAUUGUCAUCUGUCGAAAUGUAGAUCAAUUUUGGAUUAAAUCCAACUCAUUUCUAAUAAGGGACAUCCUUUAUCUUCCUAAAAACAGUGUAACUUGGGUAGUGGAAACCGAGCUGAUCCUAGAUGGAUGAGAAACUUUACAGGCACAGUUAUAGCCAGGCUUCUUUGGGACGUUAACUCCCGACGAGAACAAUGAGUGCGGAGCACCAAGCCACAGUUGAUAAAGGCUUGAGAAUGAAAAUCACCAAACGCACAAACAAAAACUCGGCAGCCAUGAAAAAUGAAAGUAAAAAUGACUCCCAGAAAGCCAGCGAUCAGAAAAACUCGCAGAGUGAAAAAGAGGGAGGAUCGAGCGGAAGCACAGCCAAUGGUGGCUCGGGUAAAUCAAACACUACUGGUGAGAAAUCACCCAAAGUCAAAGCCAUUCAUAAAAAGGACAGAGGAAAAGAGUCCAAGGGAGGUAAAUCUAGCGAUGGGGGAAACACGGGUUUGGCCUCGGUCAGUGCGUCACUGGACAAUGCUUUCUCACAGGUGUCCCUAGAACCAAAGCUCGGAGAAACGGCUGACCCCUACGAGUUCAAUGCCAAAGUGGAAGAUGGCAUUAGUAUUCCAGUGAAAAGCAAGGGAAAAGGAGAAAAAGAAAGGGGAGAAGGAAGUAGUGAUGGUGUCUCCGAUCAGUGUGUUGGCACGGAUACAUGUUCUGUUGCCACGGAGACAGAACCAGAUUGUUUGGGACCGUGUGAACCAGGCACCCACGUCAAUCUGGAUGGCAUUGUGUGGCAGGAGACAGAAAAUGGUGUAUUAGUUGUAAAUGUUACCUGGAGAGGCAAAACUUAUGUAGGGACACUUCUGGAUGCCACCAAGCAUGACUGGGCACCACCAAGACCUAAUUGUGAAUCCCCGGUAAGUGACUUUGAGACGAGAACUCCAAAAGGAAGAGGUGCCAAAAGGGGACGUGGAAGCUCCACAGGGACACCUGUGAAUGACAAACUAUUGGAAGGGAGGAAACUGCGGAAGGGCAGGCGGGGAAGUACCUUCACAGCGCCACCUAGCCCUGCAAAAUCGGAUAUCAUUACUCCCAGCUCAGGCUUGAAACGUAAGGGACGCCCAACAGACAUAGAUUUAUCGGGUGAAAAGUCCAACAAGAGGAGCAGGUCUUGUUCCCGUGGAAAUUCCGGAGAGGUGGAGAGUCCCCUGUCUGGAUUACUGGAGUGUCCCGAGCCAUCAUGUAAUAAGAAAUACCGAAAUCCAAAUGGUUUGCGAUAUCACCAGUCUCACGCUCACUCCGCCGUUGGAAGUGGUGUGGACAUGGAUGAUGAGUCGAGGGACAUGAUGGAUAACGAGGAUUCUAAUUUAGAUGAUCUGGACCUUGGUGAUACUAACUGUGAUGUGAAUUCUAGUGCUAUAAAUAAUGACCUUAAUCCACUGGAAAUGGAGGAGGAGAGUAACUCCAGUGUGAAAAAAUCAGAUGAGGAUUUGUCCCAUGAUGGUGCUGCAAGCAAAACUGAAAGUGAGGAAACUGAUAGUGCUACUGUGUCUCAAGUUCCCAUUAAACCAAUCAAAAAGGACAUCAUAAGCGUGGCUCCACAUAUACAGCCUACCCCAACGGUUGCAGUGGCUACAGCCACUCCGUUCCAUGUUGCAUCUACACAACAGGUGUCACCAAGUUUUGGAAACACUCUCUCGCAAUCAAAAUCGGUGACCACUGGAUUAGUAACCCCGAUAUCUGCUACCAUAGUAACAGCUGCUCCUAUACAGGCUUCCUUGCCAUUAAGUGACCAAUCAACAAAGCCGCUGAUAAGACCAAAAACAGGAACUGGUCACCCCCGUCCAAUUAUGCCUUCAAAUUUCAUUGCCUUGACAACCAAUGCGGCUCACAAUAAUUUGACACCAGUGACUACACAUGUCCCAAAUACCACCCAGCUGAAGCCGAUUCAACCAAAGCCGACGGUCAUGGGAGAAACACCACCUGCUAGUGCUGUUCUUCUGGGACUUAAAGAAAGAAAGCAGAAGCCAAAGAAGAAACCUAAGGAUUCUGUGCCGUCACCAAUAUCCUCCACAUCGACAUUAUCAUCUUCAACUACAUCUACCUCGUUAUCACCUUUUGGGUCAAGCCACAAAAAGUCUAUUGUGAAAUUAGAUGGAGGCAAACAUGAACCACAGGGUGUUAUAAAAGUCGCUCCCAUUGUUGCUAAGCCCCUGGAGACAAAAUUGGACAAAAAUGAACCUGAGCCCAUUCGACCUCUUGGUGCUAAUGUAGGAAUUAUUCAAGCUCAGGUCCAUCCAAUGAAAGGGAUUGACUUGUCCUCCCGAAGUGAAUCAUCCCCUAGUGUAUUAAAAGUGACACCUUCUCUACAUGUACCAGAAAGCAAUAAAAAUAUGUCAGAGAAUGUGCAAAGUCCAGCAUAUUCAGAUAUCUCUGAUGCAAAUGAUGCCAGUUCUCCCGACCCUCCUCCUGCUAGUGAAAGUCCACAAAUCAGGAUGGAGGAACAAGUGCCAAUCAACAAACCUAAAGACCUAUCAACUGAUGGAAGUUCUGCCUAUGGUAUGUAUGGGCAGUACUACUCCCAAUCAAACUACAUGCUACAAAAUCUCUCGCCAUCAUCUCACAGCCCAUCUAGCUCACAAAAACAGUCAGGUUCUGGAAUGAACAAAGAUCACUCAGCAGAUUCUAUGCAGCCCUCUAGUUCUGAUGCUGCAAGGAAAAUUAAAGAAGAACCAAAAGAUGAGAAGAGAGAAGGUGGCGAGUCCGGAAAGAUGGAAGCCGUUCGGCCAUUUUCUCAGUCGGAUUACCAUCAAAUCCAGCAUCAAAAGUGGAUGCAACAAAUGUAUUACCUUCAAAGCUUGCCUCAUCCUCAACAGUAUCAGUACCUGCAUGGCUAUGGAUCUAUGAUGGAGCAUGGGCAUAUGAUGCAGUCCGAUCCCAUGUAUAGACAGAACUUUGAAAAAAUGUUGGAGGACCCUCGUCGAAUGGCCGAGUACAUGAACGGUGCAGAUUACAAACUAAAGUGUGAUGAUGGAGGAGGACCAAGAUCUUCCUCUGCAGGACCAUCCAGUUCUGAAGGUCACAAGACAAUGGCAGACGGCAGAGAGGACAAUUCAGAGGACAGGUCAGCACGAGAAAAACAGAACGAGAACCAUCUGAUAAUGAGAGAAAACCAUGAUCUCAAGACACAAAUGGACAGAGGUAGAGGCGAGUCUGCCUCAGGUAGUGAUCGGGACAGGGGUCAUUCACGAUUGACUGAAGAACAACAGCGAAGGCAUUACAUGUUUCAACAACAAAAGCAUAUUGAACACCAGAAACGUGAAGAACAGAGACGAUCAGAGGUCAAGUCUGAAAAAGUGAUGGACUCCAAACGAGAUGAAACAACCAAGAGAGAAAGUGAAUCAAAAUCAAAACUGGACAGUUCUCGUGGAUUUGAUGACAAAAGCAGGGGACAAUCAUCAGGGGAUAAAUCGAGAGUUACAGACACUCCCAAAUCAAAAUUAGGAAUUGUGUGUAAAGAUUCCAGUCCUCACACCCCAUCUUCAUCCCAGCCCACCUCGGUGGCCCCCUCCCCCUCAGCCGGUUACUCUCCCUAUAGCCUGUACCACAAUCAGUUCAUGCAGUCUCCUCCCUAUGGACAUGUUCAGUUUGAUACCUCCCAUCCAAUGUACCAGAGAGGCAUUAACCCCAAUAUGAUGUACCCCACAGGGGGAUACAUUCAUCACCCCUCACAGCUUGGAUACAGGAUGGGCGAAGAUUCCCUGGAGAAAGAGCCAGCAAAACCCAAAGUGCCGAUAGAAACUGAGGUCAAAGUCCCACCAGACACUUCCCAUAAUGCUUUGUAUCAUUCAGGAAGUAGCCAUAAAAUUCAUGAACUUCAGGAGAAGGGGAGGAGAAGUCCUCACCGAGCCUCUCCAGUGCUGGGGAAGACGGAGAAUGCUGUUUCAGGGCCCCCUGUGACACACGCAGGAUCUAUAGAGAAAGGUCGGGAAUUUAGCAAGUCACCCCCAACACAGAGACAUGUUCACACACAUCAUCACACGCAUGUGGUGGAGGCAGCCUACCCCAUGUACCCCUAUACAGGUAUUCUCCCUGCAGCGGCCAAACAGUCGUCCACCCCCUCGUCCACUUUAAGUCAUAGCCCCUACCCUCCCCAGAAGUAGCUCUCCGAUGCCCUUCUUUCCAGUAUAGUCUAUUCCAGCUAGUCACCAUUACUACAAGUAGUUCAGCUAGUCAGCAGUUAUCUCCCCUCAACAGUUUUUCCAAUGGACUGCAGGAGUUAUCUUCUCUUGGAUAGAGACUGUCUCCAUAUGAAAACAAGCAGCCCCCCAGUGGAUUAAAUGUCUUUAUGAUUCGCUGUCUAUGCAGUGUUGUGUGUCAAAACAGAUUCAUUUUGUAUAUGUGAUUUCAGUUUGAAAAUAGUAUGCUAUUACAAAAGAAGAUAUUGUCAUGUUUUGAAAUGAGUGCAUUUUUUUUAUUUGAUGCACAUGUUUCAGAAAGUUUGCUACAAAUUAUCGAAAUACACCAACAGUAGACUCUAUUGUAAAUCAAAAUGAUCUUCAAACUCGGUUUUUGUAUGUAGAUACUUCAAAUAUAUUUGAUUGUAAAUUAUUGCAAAGUUUCUCCAUUGUUUUGAAUUUUAUAUGUAAUUUUUAUAAAUAGAUAGAAGCAGGUUCGUAUCUAUCUCUCUACUAAUGACAGGAAAAUUUCAUUAUGUGAAGAAAACUUUGAAAGUGGUAUUAUCUUUUUACAGUAUACAUGCUUUAUGACAGAUUUGUAUGUUGCCAUGCCAGUGAUGUAAAAUCAUUAGUGAUAAUCGAGGUAAUGAUUGUUUUCAUCAGUUAUGCACGUCCAACAAUGAUAAACUUUUAAUUCAUUUGAUGUAAUAUCCCCAUUAUUUCAUGACUGUUUUUCAAUCUUUGUACGCAUUUAAAGUUGUCAAUGCAGUCAUCUGUCUUAUUUUCUAUCUUUCAUUGUAAAGUGGCAUAGAUAAUGUGUGUAACAGUAGCAAAUUCACUGCAUAAAAGGUCAAAGUGUGCAUGGUAUGUGCUAGAGGUCAAAGUGUGCAUGGUGUGUGCUAGAGGUCAAAGUAUGCAUGGUAUGUGCUAGAGGUCAAAGUGCAUGGUGUGUGCUAGAGGUCAAAGUGUGCAUGGUGUGUACUAGAGGUCAAAGUGUGCAUGGUGUGCACUAGAGUUGAUGUGCGUUUAUACAGACAAGCUAUUCCUAGGGUUUGCAGAAUGAGAGAUUAUUUUACAAGUGUAGAAUCUAUAACCUGUACAGAACGAGUUGAUAGAUUUUAUUAUGAGAGACUGCGGAUUGCAGUUUAGUAUCAGGGAUAAUGUGAACCCUGUUUUAUAUAUUGAAUAAAAUUGUGUAAAAAAUU